AUGGAGAAUAUUUACUUUGUUGAAAAUCAUGGAUCAACUAAAUGCUUUCAAAUCGCUCCUCGCCCAUCAAGAGAAGAGUUUAGAAAACUGGCUAGGAAGGUACUACAUGAUGGUGAAAAUGUUGAUAAUCUCAGAUUCGUUGUCUGCUCAAAACAGAUCAAUUUGAAAGAUGACAAGGAAUACGAGAAGACUAGAUAUCUUAUCAAAGAUGGUUGCAAUAUCUUCAUACUGUAUAGGCUGCUUGGAGGUGGAAUGAUCGAUCCUUCAGUUGUCUUGGACAUCCUACUAAAUGAGUUUGAUGCCAAUAUAAAAAACUGUCGAGAUAAGGUACAAACAGAUUGUGAGAUGUGUUUCUCCAACGAGCUCUGUGCCAAAGUGUGUUGUGCUCGUGUUUGUGAUGACCAUAUCAAAGCCAAUUUCAAGCACAACAAUGCCAAAUACAAAUGUUUUGGAAAUGCUGAUAACCCUACUUGCACCAAAUUAGUUGAACUAGGUGAGGUGGUCUUCAAAAACAAGGAUUUCAGUGCAGCAGUAACCCAAUUCAGACAUACACUAGAGCAUAUCAGCUUUAUCAAUUGCCAGAUAUGUAGAUGUGGGACAUUCGAUAUCAACGAGACUCUCUACUCACAACAAAAAUGUCCAAUAUGUGCAAGAGACUUUUGUUUCUUCUGUAAUCGUGAUUGGAAUGCAAGUACAAUGAAGAAUGAGCAAUACUAUUGUAGCGAUGGUUGUAAUUAUAAGACUUUGAUAACAUACCAACUCGUACCAUUGGCAUAUGACCAAAAUAUUAAAAUACCGAAUCGCAGAUGUUGCCCUUCAUGUUUCACCCCAGGUGCCUAUGAUGAAAAAUAUUUACUGUUAUCAAUAUUUAAAAGCGGUUUUGUUGAGUUAGUUAAGAAACCAUUCUUUGCAUUUGUUGAGUUUAAAGAUAGUGGAUAUGCAACAAGUGCAAUGAGAAGACAUAAUGGAUAUAGACAUCAUCCAUUAGAUAAACCAUUAGUCAUAGAUUUCGAUAAAGUAAUUAAUCAAUAUAAUUCAUCAUUUCAUAAUCACCACAAUCAUCAUCAUCAUCAUAUUUUAAGUUUAAGUUUAGUUAGUUAUAGUUUAGUUUUAGACCCAAGAUCAAGAGAUGAUUUCUCAUCUUCUGCAUCAACAACAUCGUCAUCAUCUUCAUCAUCAUACAGAGAUAGUAGUGAUUUAAGAGAUACAAGAGAUAGAGAUUUAGAUAGAGGUAGAAACUCUGAUAGUCAUCAUAGUCACAGUGGUGGUAUUAGUGGUAGUCACAGUCAUAGAGAGGUAUUGAGAACUGGUGCAGAUUACAUGGAUACCUCUUCAGAUAAAGAUUCAUCAUCUUAUUCAAAGGAUCGUGAUGAAUCAUCACGUUAUCAUUCCAAUAACAACAAUGAUCAUGAUGAUCAUGAUGAUUCAGAUCGUAAUGAUAAACAUAGAAAACAAAAGACUAGCGAUUUUGAUAGAUUCGAAAAGGAUCGUGGAAGAUAUAGAGAUUCACAUUUUGAAAGAGAUUCAUAUCCAGCUAAAAGAGAUUUCCAUGGAUCAAUGGCAGCACCACCAUUACCACAUCAUCAUGGUGCAUAUCCAGAUCCAACAAUGCCAUAUUUCAUUCCACCACGUCAGAAUUUCGAUAUGAAAGAUGCAAAUACCACACUAUUCUUUUCAAAUCUUCCAAAAGAUGUAACUGAAAGAGAAUUAUCAAUUCUUUUCAGAUUUAUGAGAGGAUUCUUAAAUGUUAGAUUGGUUCAAAGAGAUGGAAAGUAUCCAAUUUGUUUCUGUGAUUUCAGAGGUGUUCCAUCUGCGGCAAUUGCAAUGGAAAUGUUGAAUGGUUUCAAAAUGGAUCCAAAGGAUACAUCAUCAAGUAUUUCAAAUGAAUUUGAUAGAUCAAGACCAAGACCAUUAAUUUAA